AUGGUAUUCUCGAGCCUUGAUGAUUGUUGCUCAAUGUAUGUUAAGUAUGCCAAGGAGUGUGGGUUUUCAGUCAGGAAAGGGAAUACAAAGACAAAUUCUAAAGGUGUCUUACAUAUUAAGUAUUACUUGUAUACGAGAUCUGGGUUAUACAAGGACAAGAAGGUUGAUACGUUGGACCCCAAUCAAAAGAGGCGAGUAGUGCGAUCUAACUUUUCAAAGAGGACCGAUUGUGGUGCAUUGUUAUGUGUACUUUUUGAGGAUGGAUCAUGGAAGGUGUAUAAGUUUGUCGAGGAGCACAAUCAUGAACUUGUUGAACGUCCUGAUAAGCAUUUUCUUCAAACUGAACGACACCUCACUCAGCUCCAGAAGCAUGUUAUACACAACAUGUCUAAGUUAAACUUGGGUCCUGUCAAGGCGUUUAAUGUUAUGAAGACUUAUUUUGGCAGUUUUGAAGACGUGGGUGCAAGCAAAGUUGAAUUUAAGAACUAUAAGAGAUACUCUAUGGUGUUUGUACCGUUCACUGGCAUAGACAAUCAUUACUGUAAUGUUACAUUUGGUGCAACAUUGUUGGCGUCUGAAACUGCCGAUACGUAUAUUUGGUUGUUAAGAGUUUUUCUUAAAGUUGUUGGUUCUCAACCAAAAGUUGUUGUCACUGACCAAGAUCCAGCGAUGAAGAAGGUUAUUUCUGUUGUAUUUGUUGACACGAGGCAUCGGUUAUGCAUGUGGCAUGUGAUGCAUAAACUGACUUUGAAGGUUGGUGUUAGGCUAUGCAAUUCCACCAAUUUUAAAGAACGUAUUUGUGGUGUUGUGUGGACGGAUAUUCUCACACCUGAACAGAAUGGGAAGCGGGAAUCUUGGAUCCCUACAUACUAUAGAAUGGAGCAUAUGUCUGGUCUUAUGCGAACGACAUCCAGGUCGGAGACUGAGCUUAUUGGAGUUGCGGAUUGCAUAAAUAAACGUUAUGAAGAUCAGCCUGAUGGGUUUGUUAAGUUUUACGUAAAUGACUUACAGCAGCCUUACAAACAUUCUAUGCAUAGCGUUAUAGAGAUAUUGGUUUUGGCGUUUUUCAGAUGGCGCAAAGAGGCCUCCCAAAACUGUUCUCCUGAAUUCUCAAUUAGUCGUGACAAUAUAACCGAGCUUGAUCCUGAUGUGCAAAGUAUGAUGCGAGAUAUUAUUUAUUCAACCGAAUACACUUUGAACCGUUUAUCUGGUAAUAAAGAGGAGCUAUCCUUAUACAAGGAUCAUGUUCAAUCUUAUAUGAAGAAGGUUCAAGAUAUGCAGAUUGUUGCUCCUCCCACUAGUUCUAGGGAUAGAUUUGCUGAGAUAACCGGUCAAUAUAAAAACAACAAGAAUCCAAUAAGAGUCCCUGUAGGUUAUAAAUCCAAAGGUUCUGGUUCUCGGAAGCGCCUGAAAUCUAAACAGGAGAUAGCAAUCGAUAAAAAGAAAUCAAAGUCGAAACCCGGGGCCAAAGAAAGACAAUGUCAGAACUGCAAAGCCUAUGGACACUACGCAUUAACAUGCAAACAGGCCAUAAUUAAAAGAAGAUCGACAAGGUCUUCGAGAGCCAGUGAAGAGUAG